ACUUACAUGAAUAAAAGAUUGAUGUAACAAUAAGAAGAUCCUGACUCACUCUUCAUCUUCGUUCGUGAUUCAAAUGUGUUUUUGUAACAAAACUCACAAGGAUAAAAGACUGAUGUUACAAUAAGGAGAUCCUGACUCACUCUUCAUCUUCGUUCGUUAUUCAAAUGUGUUUAUGUGACAAAACUCACAAAGAUAAAAGAUUGAUAUUACGAUAAGGAGAUCCUGACUCACUCUUCAUCUUCGUUCGUUAUUUAAAUGUGUUAAUGUGACAAAACUCACAAAGAUUAAAGAUUGAUGUUACAAUAAGCUUGAAAUAUGGCUUCACCACCGAAAAAACUGAAGUUUGAGGCAAACGGAUCUCGUUUGAGUAAACUUUUGAUAAAUAAAGGAAAACAAGCCUUGACACAUACAUUGCAAUCUUUAUUAAAGCCAUCAAGUUUAGUUGGUAAACUCAAAGAUCCCUCUACAGAGAAGAAACUAACAUCUUUGAAAUUUAAAGUCAUCAAAAAUGAGCAUUGGAACCUUCUUUACCCGUCAAUUGGUGACCCUGACAUUGAAAACUUUGACAUCACAUUAUUAACUGUCUUAUUGCGUAACAUAUGUGGUCUAAAAGCGCCAUCUUUAGGAUGGGAUAAUCUUCCUUCCUCUUCAGAUACUUCAAUAUCAGCAAAUAUUGCAAGAAUAAAGUUUUAUCGAAACAAAGUGUACGGUCACAUAACUACAACUAGGGUAAAUGACAGUGAGUUUGAGUACUUGUGGCAGGAAAUUUCAAAAGCAUUGGUUGGUCUGGGUAUUCAACAAACUGAAAUAGAUGAAGUAAAGAAAGCUCCCCUCAGUCCUGAUGAGGCAAAUUUUAUUGAAAUGUUAAAAGAAUGGUAUAAAAAAGAAGAGCAGUUAAUCGAUGUCACUGAAGAAAUCAAACAAGAUGUGAAAGUACUAAAUAGAAAUGUUGUGGAGAUGGCAACAAAAGUUACGAACAUAAGUGAGGAUGUAGCAGGAGUAAAAAAAAUCUUACAGGACAAAACAUAUUUAGUUGUCGAAAAGCUUGGAAAGUGUAAGUUUGAUGGUCUUAUAAAGGAUCUAAACAAGAAAUACCUUGAAGGCACUAGACAAUGGUUAUUUGAAAAACUUGACACUUGGUUUAACGAUAAAAGUGAAGAUGCUUCUAAUGUCAUGAUUUUGAUUGCCGGUCCUGGUGUUGGUAAAAGUGUGUUUGCUGCUGAGGUGUGUCGACGAUAUUCUGAAAAGAAGAAACUUGCUGCUUGUCAUUUCUGCAGAUAUAAUAGAUCAGAUGAGAGGAAUCCUGGAAUGUUAUUAGAAUCAUUGGCCUGUAGCAUGUGUGAUACAAUAUUGGAUUUUAAAAGUAAACUGAAUGAAGAAUUACAGAGAAACCAUUCCUACGAAUUAGUCACCGAUGCAUUCCGUGUAUUAUUAGAUAAUCCAUUGCAUUCAUUGGAAGAUCAUGAACCAAUGCUUCUGGUUAUUGAUGCCUUAGAUGAAAGUCAAGUUGAUCGCAAAAGUGAACUAUUGGAAUUGAUUGCAGAUGAGUUUGACCGACUGCCUAAAUGGAUUAAAAUCUUCAUCACCAGUCGUCCAGAACUUCCUGUAAAAAAGGAGUUAAAAAACAUGAAUCCUGUGGAAAUUACAACUCAUCCUCGUGAUAAAAACAAUGAAAAAGACCUGCACAAGUAUUUGAGACAUCAGUUAAAUGAUCGGGCGCAGAAAGAUCGCUACCUUCUUCACUCAUUAGUUAAAAAGUGUGAGGGAUCAUUUCUUUACGCGUUUUACGCACAAAUGAGCUUAAAGAAAGAAAAUGUUGAAUUUACUUACGAGAAAAUUGAUCAAUUGGUCCCUAGUGGGUUAAGCGGUGUUUACACAAAGCAAUUCAAACGAGUAAAAGAAUUGUUAACGAAGAAAAGUACCAGAAAUUCUGUUAUCUCAGAAACUACUUUCAUGCAAUUUCUUGAAUUGUUGGCUGCCUGUCGGGAGUUUUUACCAUUAACUUUGUUGCUUAGCUAUUUAGGUUUUCUGGUGAUUUCAAGUCUGAAGUCCGCAGUAAAAUCAUUGAACUGUUAUCUCAAAUUUUGCCAGUUUACGAUGAUUGUUUAA